AUACAACCCGGAUUUAGGGCCUUUUUUCUUCUUCGCCGCAACACAACCCGCGCGACAUGUGGAAAACAACAGACGAUUUUUUUUAUUUUAUUAUUUCAUAAAACAGGAAUUUUCGUCUUUUAUGGAUUAUUUUCCCGCGUAACAGUAGAUAGAGCAAAAUUGCAAAUACUGAAAGAUGCAGUUGACAGCCGCUGCUGCAAUGGAGUCAACCGUUGCAAUAAAAGGAGGGAAAGUCCGCGCAACCAACAUGGAACGGCUUGACCUCACUCUGCCUGAUGACGCGGGUAUGGAAAUUGGUGUUGCCUUCCAUGAAUUAGUCGCCCCAGAGAGCCCCCUUCAACAGAUAAGUGCUGUAGAGAAGCUGUCCGCCCUGAGUUUGAUGUCGGACGACAACGCCAAGUUCUGUGUCUCCGUUCUCACUUCGGCUCUGCUUCAACUCAACCCCAAAGUGCAGCUUAGGAAUAAGAUCUUCAAGUAA